AUGAGUCCGCCACGAAAAGGCCGCGGAGCGUUCAAGUCACAGGAGCCGCUGGUUUUCACGGCUUUUUACGUUGAUGCGGAUCCACGCAUUUUUGAUAAAGGUCGUGACGGUGACAUGUCACAUGAUGACGUGCUGCAUUCGCUGCAACGAGUGGAGAAGAAUUUGGUGGCGUUUCGAAGUGCACAGACUCAGUUCUCGCGGUGUUUCGAGACGGUGAUCGCACCUUGUCGUCCGCCGUCCAAGAUCCGUCAACGCUGGUUGCAAGUCACAACUAUUGCCAUUUGCCUGGCUGCUGGAGGUAUAUGGGUGGUCAAUAACCAGCAGGAGUUUCGAAGUGGCAUUGCCGCCAUGCGUGCUGCUCUGCGUGACUUUUUGAACGAGCACAUGAUUGAGCCACUUCAAGCUAUUUUUGUGGAGGUGGUGCUGAACCAGAAGCCAGAGAUCCAAGAUGCCAUGGCGCUCCUGGAUACGAAGCAGAGCUUGCGUCGCAUGCUGGCGGAUUUUGUGAAGGACACGAACCCGAAUGUCACGCAGGCUGACAUGGAUCGCAUCACGAACGAAAUGGACAUGUCGGUCGUGUCACUGCAGUACGAGAAGCAGCUGACCGGUGCAGUACGCAAUUUAAUCACGGGGGAUAUUGUCCGCAUGCUCCUGAUCCAGGUGCAGUUUAUCAAGAAGGAGCUGAUGGUGGCAAUGGGUGCCAUCGACGAGUUGAUGCAUGCAAACCAGUUGAACCUGCAGAUCCUGGCCACUAUUCCUACGUUCCUCGUGUUUGGUGGGUUGUACAAACUGGUCACGUCGACAUUUCACAUGAUAUACAAGCGCAUGAGUGACCGACUGUACUACGACUCGACUGAAAUCGCCAGGUUUUUACGCAACAAUUUGCGUGACAUCGAACGGCUACUCAAUAAGCAGAAUCGGGGUGCAGGCGCGAGUGAUGACGCCGUGUUAGGCGUUCGCGAUCUCGGCUUUCUCAUUUUACUACUCCAUCAGCUGCGCGACCUCUUUGAGGCGUACCGCGCCCUAUUCCAAGAAGAAGAGCACGAGCGCUUCGAAGAGGACCUAAACGACCUCAUUGGAGAGGGCUUGCUGGUCUCACAACAGCUCGCUGUCAUUCAGCGCAUGUACCAUUCGCAUCCGUUCCUGUAUAGCACCAACCCAAACAAAUCGCGCUGGCUGCUGGAGUAA